GAGCUUUGCGGAGUUGGGCGGUGCCGAGGAGGAGGAGGAGGAGGAGGAGGAGGUGGUGGUGGGGGCUGGGUCUGACGCGGCCCGGUUCUUGGGGGCUCCACUUGUUUAUUUAUUUAUUUCUCGUGAGGGAACGCCGAGCGGUCGCCGCAGCGUCCGCCGUCGAGAAGCCCUUGUUCCCGCUGCUGGGAAGGAUCGUCUGGUGCCGACAAGAUGGCGGACGGGGAGCUGAACGUGGAUAGUCUCAUCACCCGACUGCUGGAGGUACGAGGAUGUCGUCCAGGAAAGAUUGUGCAGAUGACUGAAGCAGAAGUUCGGGGCUUAUGUAUCAAGUCUCGGGAGAUCUUUCUCAGCCAGCCUAUUCUUUUGGAAUUGGAAGCGCCACUAAAAAUUUGUGGAGAUAUUCAUGGACAGUAUACAGAUUUACUGCGAUUAUUUGAAUAUGGAGGUUUCCCCCCGGAAGCCAACUAUCUUUUCUUAGGAGAUUAUGUGGACAGAGGAAAGCAGUCUUUGGAAACCAUUUGUUUGCUGUUGGCCUAUAAAAUUAAAUAUCCCGAGAACUUCUUUCUCUUAAGAGGAAACCAUGAGUGUGCUAGCAUCAAUCGCAUUUAUGGAUUCUAUGAUGAAUGCAAACGAAGGUUUAAUAUUAAAUUGUGGAAGACCUUCACUGAUUGUUUCAACUGUCUGCCUAUAGCUGCCAUUGUGGAUGAGAAGAUCUUCUGUUGUCAUGGAGGACUGUCACCAGACCUGCAAUCCAUGGAGCAGAUUCGGAGAAUUAUGAGACCCACUGAUGUCCCUGAUACAGGGUUGCUCUGUGAUUUGCUGUGGUCUGACCCAGAUAAAGAUGUGCAAGGUUGGGGAGAAAAUGAUCGUGGUGUUUCCUUUACUUUUGGAGCUGAUGUAGUCAGUAAAUUUCUGAAUCGUCAUGAUUUAGACUUGAUUUGUCGAGCUCAUCAGGUGGUGGAAGAUGGAUAUGAAUUCUUUGCUAAGCGACAAUUGGUAACCCUAUUUUCAGCCCCAAAUUACUGUGGCGAGUUUGAUAAUGCUGGUGGAAUGAUGAGUGUGGAUGAAACUUUGAUGUGUUCAUUUCAGAUAUUGAAACCAUCUGAAAAGAAAGCUAAGUACCAAUAUGGUGGACUGAAUUCAGGACGUCCCGUCACUCCACCUCGAACAGCUAAUCCACCGAAGAAGAGGUGAAGAAAGGAACUCUGUAAAGAAACCAUCAGAUUUGUUAAGGACAUACUUCAUAAUAUAUAAGUGUGCACUGUAAAACCAUCCAGCCAUUUGACACCCUUUAUGAUGUCACACCUUUAACUUAAGGAGACGGGUAAAGGAUCUUAAAUUUUUUUCUAAUAGAAAGAUGUGCUACACUGUAUUGUAAUAAGUAUACUGUUAUAAUAUUCAACAAAGUUAAAUCCAAAUUCAGAAUUACCCAUUAAAUUUACAUCUUCACGUAUCACAGUUUUUAAAGUUGAAAAGCAUCCCAGUUAAACUAGAUGUGAUAGUUAAACCAGAUGAAAGCAUGAUGAUCCAUCUGUGUAAUGUGGUUUUAGUGUUGCUUGGUUGGUUAAUUAUUUUGGGCUUGUUUUUGUUUUGUUUUGUUUGUUUUUGCUAAAAUAAUGGCAAAUUCUUUAAAUUUUUUCCCAGACAUUUUAAAAAGUGAAAUGUGGGAAGAGCUUUAAAGACAUUCAUCGACUAUUAAUUUUCCAUUGCUUAUUUACUUAUGUACCUGUUUGAUCUUACUAAGAAAACUUAUGCCUCAUUACAGUAAAAAGGAAUUUUAGAGAUAUUUUUUAAAAAUGUGCAAACUGUCCAAUCGAGUGAUUUAAUCAGUUUGGGCAAAGAUUACAGCUGAUAGUGAAUAUUUUGCUUUAUACAGAAAUUGCCACUGAUUUGGAUUUGUGCACUCUAAUUUUAACUUAUUGAUGCUCUAUUGUGCAGUAGCAUUUUCAUUUAACUUUAAGAUAAGGCUCAUUUAGUAUACCCAACUAGUUGGUAAUGUGAUUAUGUGGUACCUUGGCUUUAGGUUUUAAUUCGCACGAAACACCUUUUUGGCAUGCUUAACUUUCUGGUAACACCCUCACCUGCAUUGGUUUUGUUUUUUGGUUUUUGUUGUUGUUGUUGUUGUUGUUGUUUGUUUUUAGAUCCACAGAACAUGAGAAUCCUUUUUUGACAAGCCUUGGAAAGCUGACAUUAUCUCUUUUUUCCUCCCUCUGUACGAAGGAUGUAUUUAAAUGAAUGCUGGUCAGUGGGACAUUUGUCAACUAUGGGUAUUGGGUGCUUGACUGUCUAAUAUUGCCAUGUGAAUGUUGUAUACGAUCGUAAGGCUUAUGUCACUAAAGAUUUUUAUUCUGAUUUUUCAUGAUCAAAGUUCAUAUGAUAUUGUAUAGACAUGCUUUGUAGUGAACUAUAGUAGCAAUAAUUUCUGUACAUGAUCAAGGGUUUAUUGCAGCAUUUCUUUUCCUGUUCUCUCUCUUUUUUUUUUAAGGGUAGUAUUUACAAAUGACGAGUAGAAAAGUCAACAUAAAGAUUUUAGAAGGAGAACUUACAGGACACAGAUUUGUGAUGCUUUGGAUGCAGCACUUUUGGAUGUGAUUCUAAAAGCUUUUAUUGAGCGUUGUCAAAUUUGUAAGCUUCAUAGGGAUGGACAUCAUAUUUAUAAAUGCCCUUCUAUAAGUGCUAUCAUAGAUGUGAAAUUCUUGACCUUAAUAUCGUCUUUGAAAAUGUUAAAUUGAGAAUUCUGUUAACUUACGUUUUAAGAAUUGGCGUAUUACUGCAAGAGAUUUGAUUUUCAGCACAGUGCAACGUUCUUUCAAAUGCAUAUGUCUUUUUUUCUAAUUCCAUUUUGUUUUAAAGCACAUUUUAAAUGUAGUUUUCUCAUUUAGUAAAAGUUGUCUAAUUGA